AUGAUUGCAGCAGAAUUGGAUCUGAACCUUGCUCUUGAUGCCAAAUUAUCUGAGAGUGCCAAAACAUCUCCAACUAAUGUUGUUCCCCCAACAAUACAUCAAUCUAAAGAGCAUUUCCUUAAUGUUUAUCGUAUGGCAAGAUCGAGUAUAGGAGGUCGUGAUCCACACCCCUACCAUUUCUUACAACCUAAAAAUAUUUACCGCAUUGAUAGACUAAGUCCAGGAGGUCCUGAUCCACAUCAUCAUCAUUUCUUACAAUCCAAAUAUACUUAUCGUAUUGCUAGACUAAGUCCAGGAGGUCCAGAUCCACAUCACCAUCACCCCUUACAACCUAAAAAUAUUUAUCAUACUGCUAGAUUGAGUCCAGGAGGUCCUGAUCCACACCACCAUCACUUCUUACAGCCCAAAAAUAUUUAUCGUAUUGCUAGAUUGAGUCCAUGA